AACACCUUUAGCACAUCUGUUUUAAACAAUUAACAACGGUCUGUUGAAUUGGUGACGAUUCGGUUUCGUAAUUCUUUAAGAGAUAUUUGUUUACUACAAAAUGGGACGAGAAAAUGAAUAAUAAAAAGGUGUCCCAUCUUCCCCCACCCUACUAUUUUAUUAUUAUUAUUUUAACACUGCAUUUUUUUGUUAGAUUACGUUGUUAAUUAACUUAUAAUGUUGAAAUGGCGAACAGAACCUUAACAUACGAAUGUAAUCAACCGAUUAAAGUCUCAAUACUCGGUGCUAAAGGAACAGGGAAAACCAGCAUUGCGUUGCAGUAUGUAGUUGGGCAGUAUGUUGAUUCACCACCCACUACAGUAAUUGAAGAUGUUUACAGAAAACGAAACGAAAUUAUGUUAACUGAACCACGGACCACAGAAUAUUUAUGUGAGAAAUGGGGAAUGAAAAACAGCAAUAAAACGAAAUGGCUAAGUAGGUUAUCACAGAGCUCCCCUACAGUUCAACCAGAGGUCAAAGCUUCGGGAAUAAAGGUCAAGUUUGGGUUGGAGGUCACUGAUACUGCUGGAUACUGCAAAACGUCAACCCUUCGUCCAGCACAAAGAAGUUUCUUCAACAAAAUUUCAUUUCGUCGAAAACGCCAUGUUUCAAGUACCAAGCAAAAACUUGGGGAACCAACUGGAGACCGGGUAAGGUCGUCGUUAGGUGUCGCCAGUCAGACUGCUCGACACGACGCCUGUUUGUCCAACAGCGAUGCUGUCAUCAUCGUUUAUGACGUCACAGACGAAAAGACUCUUUCCGUCGCUUGUGACGUAAGAGAACGACUUGUUCGGUGUCGACGCACCGAAUGUAGACGGCGAACAUCUUGUUUUAAACAAAUAAGAAAAUGCUUUUGUUUUGGUGAAAAAAAGUACAGUGACGUAGAAAGGAGAAACGAUCUUCCACCCGUGUUUCUUGUUGGCACACAUUCAGAUGCACGACAAGUGGACAAGUCGCAAUUUUUUGACAUGAAAUGUUCACGUGACCAUGGCACGCUUCUGGCGCGAUCUGUUUCUGAAGCAACAAUGCCAAAACGAUCUCUCACUGCGCAUGACGUUUAUCACGUCAUAAAAGAAUGGAGCGAGUGCGUGGGAUUCGCCGAGGUGACGUCACGAGACAAUGACAUAGUCGAGCAGAUUUUCCACCAGUUGAACCUUGCGGUUAUUACUUCAUCCCCCGCAGAGCGAUGGAUAAAAACAGUUUGAUCGCCCGCUGUCUUAAUUGUUCUAUUGUUUAACAACAAUAGAUGUUUCUUUGUAAACAAGCGAUUUUCCUGUUCUGAAAGAACAUCGCCCGCAGUCGGGAAAUAUAUUUCAAUGUAAUUGUGAACAGACAGCUUUCUUUGGUCUGAAGAAGUGAAAUUGACCUUUUCUUUUUCUUAACACACUGUGAGCCUUUUUUGUUAUGUCAAAUCUCCUCAAGGGAUUUCUGUAUUAAUUGUUGACAGUUUUCAGUAUACAGUCGUUGUUGUUUUGCAUAUAAAAUAUUUAUAACAUUGUCUUUAAACAGCUCGAACGUCUGUACCAGAAUGGAUAUUCCUCCUAAAACCUAUAACCGCCAGAAGUCAGUAGUGUGCUGUCCCAAAGUUCCCUCAGUCUGUUUGUAGACUAAAAUAUCACGUGAUGUUAGGUGAACUGCGAAGAUUUUCUUGUUUUCGGAAAUUUUUCGGUGGAUUUGUUGGUCUUUCAUUCUUAUAAAUAUAACGAAAUAUACAUUUUAUCGGUC